AUGGAAGCACCAUGAUUGCAUCCGCUUUCACGGAAAAAUGGCGGAUUACAAAGAGAACGCCGAGGAGUCAAAUGGACCCCAACCUGCUAGCAAUAUGAAAUACGACGCUCCAGAAGAAUCCAGUGAAAAUUCCACAAACGAGGAAAUGGAGGGACAAUCGACAGAGAAUGAUUCUGACAAACCUGCAUCGCCUUCUGAUAAGUCUACCAUUAAAGUACAUAAUAAGGGUCCAGUGUUAGCAGCUUCCAAAUUUGGAAGUUCGUUCGGUGUAAGUGAAUUUUCCAACUCCACAAAAGCGAGAUCUUCUCUCUUAAGGCCUUCUCAACUAACCACCACCACUAUUAAUCCAGUACCUGCAAUGAAAUCGGUCUUGCAGCCCGCAAAGUUUCACAAUCCCUUUGUGAAAUUGGCAGACAGUGUCGUGGAAGGAGAAGCCGAGACUCCAACGGAGAAUAACACCGGCGAGGAGGCAAAAGAAUCGAAAGCCGCAGACAAGGCAGCCGCGGAGGCAAAGCAGCCUACCUUCCUACCUCUUGGUGCAAGUGCAAAAGAGAAUGAGAAUAAUGUAAAUGUGGUCGCGAGUGCGUCGACUCCCAGUUUCGUUUUCGGACAAAAUUUGAAAGAACGAGUGACGGUGGCGCACGACGCGGAAGGUUCUGAUAAUUCGGAGAAGGAGGAUAUUAAGGGGGAAGAAAGUAACGAAAAUGGAUCUUCUGAAUUGCUCUUUUCUAAUGUAACAGCAGUUUGCAGGAAUACGAAUCGACCGGGUUUGACGUUGACCCAAGCCGCCCAGGAAAUGGAAGAAGCAACUAGAGCCAACAAACGAAAGUACAAUGAAGUGGCUUUGCUCACUGGAGAAGAAGGGGAGACGAACGUUCUACAGAUUAACUGCAAACUCUUCGCUUUCGACAAGGCAACAAGCAGUUAUCAGGAACGAGGGAGAGGAGCUCUCAGACUCAAUGAUCGAGACGAUGAGUCGCGAAUAGUUGGUCGCACUGCCGGCACGCAGAGGCUGAUUCUGAAUACUCAAGUGUGGCCCGGCAUGACUGCUGAACGAGCAGGUCCCAAAUCCUUGAGGCUGACUGCGAUGGACGUUCACGGAGACAUUCGAAUUUUCAUUGUCCAAGCCACACCAAAGGAAAUCGAUCUGCUCGAGGAUCGGCUCACGCAGCGAUUAAAACGCGCGAAAGAGCGCCAGCCGAAGAAAUUAGCCACAGAUCACUGACGACAAUCCAUCGACAUCCAAUGUGAAAUGCCACCUUUUAAAAUCGCGUGCUCUCCCGCUUCACAGAAAGCUUUGAAAAUUGAGUGCAUGUAAACUUCAGCUCGUCCGACCGGUAAGGCUUUUUUUGUCCAUAGAACGACGGUGUUCAUUUAUAACGCAUCUUGAAAAUAAAAAAAAAAAAAUCGUCGAUAGCUCUCAGGUAUCUAAAGUUCUGAAAGCUCAUUUUCAUGAAUUUGAAAUUUUUGCUGAUAAUAAGCCUUUUUCGAAUCAUUCCCCAUUGAUAUUCUUUUACACGAAAUCGGAGGGCUCUUAAGGUAAUUUUUCGUGAGAUAACUAGAAUAACUAGACAUAGAUUUUCAAUCCUAGCAAUAAUGUAAAUUAUAAAUAGUUUGCACAAUACGCAACGUAGAUUCAAAUAAAAAAAACUUUUACUCUCGCUAUCUGCGUUUGUGGAACUGUAUUGGAAAUUGCGAGAUUCAGCUUUCUAAAUGACUAAAACAACAACUAAUUUUGUGGUUGAAAAUCUUCGUAUUUGUAACGGAUGGGUGCUCUGGUGUUUUGAGAGAGACUGCUAUACAUUUAAUUAAAAUUCUCAGAUUUUUUCAUCUAUUAAAUAAUGGCAAACCUUUUUUUUUCUAUAUUUUGCAUCGUUCAUUAUUCAAACAAAAUACACAUUGUAAUAAAUAAUGGAUGAAGUGAAUAUCAGAUGGAAAAGUACAAUAGAUUUAAUUAAGUUGUAUGUUUAUGCGUAUCCGUCAAAUAGAAGUAAUUUAACGACCCACCUUCGGCUGUAAAUACAGUGAAUAACGAAGAAGUUUUACUGUUA